AUGGACCUCCGCACCGCCGUAUAUAACGCUGCCCGUGACGGCAAGCUGCAGCUACUCCAGAAGCUGCUCAGCGGCGCCGAAGAACUGGACGAGCUGACGGGCGAGGUGGCCGGCGGGGGGACGCCGCUGCUCAUCGCCGCGCGCUACGGCCACCUGGAUGUGGUGGAGUACCUGGUGGACCGGUGCGGCGCAGGCGUGGAGGCCGGUGGCUCAGUGCACUUCGAUGGCGAGACCAUCGAGGGCGCGCCACUCAGCUGGGCCGCCUCCGCCGCCGGCCACCUGGACGUGGUGCGGAGCCUGCUAAGGCGGGGCCUCGGUAGACGCACCACGCGCACCAGCUCCACGCCCCUGCGCGCCGCCUGCUUCGACAGCCACCUGGAGGUAGUGCGCUACCUGGUCGGCGAGCACCAGCCCGGCUGCUCGGCCAGUGUGACAGGCCACACCAACACGUGGUACCUCAUCCAGGAGCAGCCGGCCAGGGCAGAUCGCAGGGGAGAGGCUCAGCCUGGGCUGCCCCAAGAGAGAGCCCUCUGCCAGCCAGGAGUGCAGCCUCCAGGGCUCCAUGCUUGCAGCUUCCCGGAGGAACCACUGAGCGGGAAUCUUGCAGCUGCGCCCACCAGCCGGGAAGCUGCCGGUGACCUUAGAAUUGCUGGGGCUACGCGCAUGGAUAAGCGAGAUCUGCUUGGAGCCCUCAAACACUUGGGCCCGAGCCAUGAGGCCCGUCACCAGGGUGGCGAAUACCUGCCCAAACCGGAGCCCCACAGCUGGUCUACAGCCUAUGACUAUUCCAGGGAGAGUCAGCACCACCGAGGAACUGGAGCGCUGAUCUGCUGACCGGAUGAGAUGCGCAUGCAGGCCCUGCGUGAUCCGGAGCGCAUCCUGAUCCUCGCACCUGACUUACUUCCCUAUUAUAUCCGUUACAGGGCGCCGUGUCACGCCGACUCGGGCAAUUUCGAGCGCUGCAUCCGCUUGCGAUACGCUGGGCCACAACAGACCAACCUGGAGCCUCCUGAGCCCCAUGACACGCCAGCAGCCUCUCCUUAGGAACUCUUCUCCUACGUGCUGCAGGACCGGGCCGCCAAGGGCAGUCUGGGCACCCAGAUCGGCUUUGCAGUGGCCAGAGUCCUCACCAAAGAGGUCCGGGAAGUGGAGCGGGCCCUGCAGCUGCAGGGAGCCGGAGACUCGGCCCAGUUCACCAAGGCGCUGGCCAUCAUCCUCCACCUGCUCUACCUGCUAGAGAAAGUGGAGUGCACCCACCAGGAGCACCUGAAGCACCAGACCGUCUACCGCCUGCUCAGUGCGCGCCCAGGAGCAGACGGCUUCACCCCUCUGCACAUGGCUGUGGACCAGGACACCUGGCGUGGGCACUUCCCGUGGGUCAGAUUCCCCUCCCUGCCGCGUGGUCAAAGUGCUGCUUUCGACUGCGGGGCACAGGCCAGUACAAGGGAUUUUGACAACAACACCCCACUACACAUAGCAACCCAGAACAACUGCUGUGUCAUGAAUGCUGAUCGAGCAGGGGCCCACAUGGAUACCACCAACGCCCUUCAAGAAGGCCUGCGAGCUGCUGGACAGAAGCUGCUGGCCAGAAAUACCAUGCAGCCCUUCAACUACGUUACCCUGCAGUGCCUUGCGGCGGGGCCUGGAUAAGAACAAGAUCCUUACAAGGGCUAUCCGGAAGAUCUGGAGGCAUUCAUUGAACACACUGACCUGCAGAAACGAUAUCUCCCCCUCCUCUCACGCUCCUGCUGGCGAAGCUCGGGCUGGGGUCAGCAGGGGACACGAGCAGGCCCCGAUGGCUUUGCCAGACCCCAGGGGGCCGCCGCCCCCGUGAAAUUCCAGGACUGUUAUCUGAGCAACGUCGAUGGGGAGGGAACGCCCCUGCCCGAGGUUAAAGAUAGCACCACUCGAAUCACGUCACAGGCCGAAAAGGCCAGAUGA